AUGAGAGACGGGAGACACCCGCAGAGACGCGUUACGCUCCUCAUACUUAUAUGUUCAGUCCUGAACACCUGCGCGAGCCGGACGCUUAACGCACGAGCCGACUCACCUGAGAGCGGAUUUGGGCCGAAGGAGCGUUUUCAGAUCGUUACACAACACAAUCGACUGCGCACCCGAGUCGAGCCCAUGGCGGCGAACAUGCAGAAAAUGGAGUGGAGCGACACCCUGGCUGCACAGGCUCAGAUAAGGGCUGCAUCCUGUGAAAAUAACACUCCAGGAUCAGAAGUGGACACCGAGCACAUCGGCUGGAACAUACAUCAGUCUCCUCAUGGUGUGGCCUCCUACACUGACAUCAUCAACUCAUGGUUUCAGGAAGGGCAUCACUACAUCUAUCAAACUGGAGAGUGCAAAAGCAACCACACCUGCAAGCAUUACACACAGCUGGUUUGGGCCACGUCCAGUCAGGUGGGCUGCGCAUUGCACCUCUGCAGAGCUGGAGUCAAACACCUGGACAUGUUUGUGUGUGCGUACUUUCCCGGGGGAAACUGGAAGGUGAACGGUCGGGAAGUGAUUCCGUAUAAAUCAGGAGUGUACUGCUCACUCUGCACGGCCUCUAUGUCAGGAUGCUUGCGGCUCUGGGACCACGUUGGAGGAUUGUGUGAGACCCCUCGAAACCCAUGUCGUAUGAGUUGUGGACAGUACGGACAGCUGAACGUCUCGUCAUGUCAGUGUCAGUGUAAACGCGGAUACACGGGCCGGUUCUGUCAGGUGCGUUGUAGUGUGCAGUGUGUCCACGGCCACUAUAAAGAGGAGGAGUGCUCCUGUGUCUGUGAUAUAGGUUAUGGAGGUGCCGAGUGUGCGGAGAAGCUGAGUUUCCCCCAUCACAGCUGUGACCUGCAGAUAGACGGUGAAUGUCUCAUGGUGUCCUCUGAAGCCGAGACGUACUACACGGCCAAGCUGCGCUGUCAAGAAAGAGGAGGGAUUUUGGCCCAAGUUCUCAAUCAGAAGGUCCAGGAUAUCAUGGCCUUUUACCUCGGACAGUUGGAGAACACCAACGAGGUCACGGACCCUGACUUUGAGACGCGCAACUUCUGGAUAGGUCUGACGUAUAAACCACUAAAAGACUCAUUCCGCUGGGACACAGGAGAAAUCGCCAGCUUCAACAGUUUUGCUUUUGGACAGCCAGACAACCAGGGCUUUGGGAAUUGCGUCGAGUUGCAAGCGUCCAGCGCCUUCAACUGGAACGAUCAGCGCUGCAAAACUCACAACAGAUACAUCUGCCAGUUCGGUCCAGAGCACAUCGCUCGGUGGGAGUUUGGCCGAUGAGAGCUGUGCUUCGUGACUGAGGCAGAAGAUUACUGAUCCACGGCUGCUGUUCCUCUUCUGACUGGAUUGUGUGGUUUAAGCUCAGAUCUAGGACUCCUGAUCGAUGUAGCCGGGAUUUCACAAGGAAUAAAAUAUGUUGAGACGUGUUGCUAGAGGAAAAUAAUCAAUGACUCAUUGUCAUACACUGUGGAAGCAAAGUUGAUUUUUUUUCCCCAGCAUGUCCUGAAGUAUUUUAGUCCUUUUACACCAAAGCGAUGACUCUUUUUAUUUAUUAAACAUCAUGCUGUAAUUUUUAUCCAUUUUUCAUUCAGUGUGUUUUAUUCAAUGUUUUGGAACGUUUAUAAAAUUAGUCGAUAUUUGUGUUCACUGCCAUCCUUUGUGUAUUUUGUACAGGAACAAUGUAAGGAAAUUUUUAUCAUUGUACAUUUGCCCUAAAUAAAAAUAGCAGAUAAGACUAAGGCUCUGUUCAUAUUACAUGCCACAUUUUUUGGUCGGAUCGGAUUUGGGUAUCAUAACGGUCCACAUAAAAAAUUAC